AUCGCCACAGUGACGCUGCCGCCCUGUUCCGUGGGAGCCCGGCAAUGGCGCUCCCUGCGGCCGAGGCCGUGGCUCAGGUGGUUCUGGCCGGGGACCUUCUGACUUUCCCGCCCAGCUCGGGGGAGAAGGUGCUGUGCGGGCCCGGCCUGCGGCGGCAGGGCCACGGGCAGCUCUCCGGCCACGCUCUGUCUGUCUGCAAAUCCGGCGUGGUCAGGCACAAAGAGCCCUCCGUCUACUGGGUGGAUUCGCAGCAGAAGCGGUAUGUACCCGCUAAAGGAGAAUAUGUGAUAGGAAUUGUGACUGCAAAGUCUGGUGAUAUAUUCAAAGUUGAAGUUGGAGGAAGUGAGCAAGCCUCGUUGUCAUACUUAGCAUUUGAAGGAGCUACAAAGCGAAACCGACCAAAUGUCCAAGUUGGAGAUCUUGUAUUUGCACAGUUUGUUGUGGCCAAUAAAGAUAUGGAACCAGAACUGGUUUGCAUUGACAGCUGUGGCCGGUCCAAUGGGAUGGGAGUAAUUGGACCAGAUGGAUUAUUAUUUAAAGUUUCACUGAGUAUUGCACGCAUGCUGCUUUCUCCAAACUGUGAAGUCAUGAAGAAUCUCGGAGAAUUGUACCCUUUUGAGAUAGUGAUUGGAAUGAAUGGACGGAUAUGGGUCAAAGCCAGAACAAUUAAGCAUACUUUACUAGUUGCUAAUGUGCUGGAGAGCUGUGGGAAUAUGACCACAGAGCAAAGGAAGCUCGUUUUCAAAAAGCUGUCUGAAAAUGUACCAUGAAUCCAAGACAUUUCUGAUUCAGUAAGAGCAUUUGGAAGCUGUACAAGUGUUCCCACCUAUUCAUUGAAGAGGCAAACAACGCUGCAAGAAAAAUAGUCUGGAUUAUAAAAUGAACAGUUUGCCUGAUGAUUCUUUGAAAUAAAUAAACAUUUGGCUAUUAGAUGUCUCAUGUAAUUGUGAAAACAUUUUUAAAAUAUUUAAGUAUUGACAGCUUGAACUUAUCAAAAUGUUUUAAGUACAGAGAUAUUUGAUGGUCGUGACUGACUUUGUUCCUGUAGAGUGGCUGAAUGGAAGGUCCUGUUUGUACAAUAGCUGAUGAGACCACAACAUUAUGGACCAAAUAAAGUUUUAUUCUGAA